CUCUACACUAUAUAGUCGCGCUACAACUCUAAGAAGAGUCGCUAAAUUCGUAAAGCGAGAGAAAAAAAUAGACAAAUAAUUGAAGUCAUGGCCAAGCUUAGAAUGAAUGGUAAAAAGAAGAACAGCAUUGUAAAGCUCAAGGUAGUGGUACAAAAGCUUCAAAAGAGUCUUCUGUUGGCCAAAAAACCUGAUGAUUUCGAAGAUGUUAGCGACUCAACUAACGUGCCCAAAGAUGUCAAAGAAGGGCAUUUUGCUGUGAUUGCAGUGGAUGAUGGUGAGAGCAAGAGAUUCGUUGUUCCGUUGAGUUAUUUGACUCACCCUUCCUUCUUGAGGCUAUUGGAGCAAGCAGCAGAGGAAUAUGGGUAUGAUCACGAGGGUGUGGUUAUGGUUCCUUGUCGGCCGAAGGAGUUGGAGAGGAUACUGGCGGAGCAGUGGGGAAAGGAGAGGGAGAGAGGAUAUAUGGUCGAUGGCCAACCGAGCACGAAUGUGAACGGGAUGCCAAUAUCCGCCCACGCACUUACCCGCAGACAGAGCAGUUUUGGGUGAUUAUCAAUUAUCAUGAAGACAGUUUAGCCUAUUCCUGUUAAUCUCCAUUGAUGGAGACUAAAUUUCCUUUUAUCUUUAUGUUACAGUAACUAGGUGAAAAUCUUGAGUUCAGACUCGCACUCUCUUUCUUUUCUUUUAGCCUCUCACAAGAAGAGUACGAUAAUAUUUAUGACUUUUCUUUAGAUGGAAUGGAAACU